AUGGAGAUUGACGCCGUGCAUCUGUGCGGGUUACCAGGAGGGUUACAGGAGACCUCGUGGUCCGUGGUAGGCACGCGUAAGGAACCUCCCGGGGUGUUCAUAGGAGCGUCGAAAGUCGACGAUUUCACCGUCCUGCUCUCGAGGCAGUCGGACGGCGCGUCCAAAUUCUCCGUGUCGUCUCGGACUCGACUCCGCGCGUGGCCUCUUGGUCCGCCCACGCACCGCUUCGCGUCCCCGUGCGUCUCUGACCGCGCGUCCCGUCACCACUACGCGCUGCUCCAGGGGAGUGCGGACGCGCCAGCGGCGGGCGCACCAGGGGCGGACGCGCCAGGGGCGGACGCGCAGGUGGUCGCGAGCUGGCCUUUCGGCACGUCCUCCAUUGCGCCGUCCGCGCUCCUGCACAAGACAGGCGCGGCGGACGGUUGCCACGUGGUGGAAGCUGAUAGGCCGAUCGUCCGCCUGUUUCCGUUGACUGCGACGGGAAGCGCCGACUCUGACGCGACGAAACCUGCAGACGAGGCCACACCUGGCACCGCCGCCACCGCUACCGCCACCUCUCCCCCCGUCCCGCCCUCCGGGGGUGUUCUCGCCCUCUGCGCGGAUGGCUCCAUCCGAACCUACUCGCCGGACCUCUCCCUGACCUCAUCGCUCACCGAGCCUGCGGACGGACCAAAGAUCCGUGUGGAGGCGGCAGGCUCGGGGAGUUGGCUUGGGCACAAGGGGGAUGGGAAGCGGGGGAGUGAGUGGGUCUUGGCAGUGGUGGGUGUGGAAGAAGGGGAGGGGGCGAGUGAGGGAAGCAGCGAGAGCGGCAGGGGCGGAGCGGCAAGGGUUGUGAGGGUUUACCAUGUGGCAUGUGGGGCGGGUGAUGCGGCCAUGGCUGAUGUAGACGCCAUGGCACGAGGCAACGGGCAUGUGGAUGCACCUGUAGUGAAGGUGACUCUAGUGAAGGCCUUCAGAGUUAGAGGCCCUGGGCAAGAGGGGGUGGAGGAGGAAAAGGAGGAGGAAGAGGCAGGAGGGGAGGAAGGAGGGCGUGGUGUUGUGUCGCUGUGCGUGGGGGAUGCAGGCGAGAUCAUGCUCCUAUGGAGUGACGCCACGUGGCAGUGCUUCCCCAACACCAUCCCACCCCAAACCCCAUCACCUGACACAUCCAAGGACGCCGUUACUCCCUCCGCUUUCCUGGAAGCAUCCCUGACACGAAGUCUUGCAGUGGCUGCAACACAGGUGGUGCCUGAGGGCGGUGCCACUCACCACCCAAACUCAAAACCCUCGUCGGCCCAUGCGAGGGUAACAGCAGGAGCCAUGGCUGCAGUGCCUGGGACUCGCUACUGUGUUGUGCUCGCUGCGAAGCCCCCUUCUCACACGAAACCCCGUCUGAACGCCACAGACAAUGCAGACCCCUCUCACCUGCCGCUCUACGCCAUUGCCUUGGAUACCCUCUUUGGCUGUGUGCAUGCCUGCACCCCUCUCCCCUCCUCCUGCUCCCUCCCCGCCUCCCUCCCCCCCUCGCCCCUCCCCUUGCCUCUCAUUCACGCUGAAUGGGUGGGCCCCUCCCCAGAAGACGCCUCGCUGCUGGUUACCACACCAACCGCACUGCACUCCUUGCACGUGCACUGCCCCCCCCUCUCCCUUGCCUCGGUUCUAGGGGCUUUCCAACCCGCCGUGCCCCUGCUCUUGCCCACCGAACCUGCUGCCGAGCCUGCUUCCGGAGCAGCAAGGACUGAUUCGGCGAAAGUACGGGGGGUGCCUGCAGGUGUGGUGACUGCUGGGUGGGGUGGUUUGGCUGCUUCUGCUGCGAGGGCGGCUGGUUUGGCGCUAGCAGACAAAUCUGGGCCGGGCCACAGCAACCCGCUACAGCCGACUGGGUGGUUUGUGGGGCCCACAUUGCAUGACUCGGGAUUGGUGAAGAACCUUCCAGGAAAGGACGUGGGGAAAGAGGACCAGGAAGAAGAGGAAUUGGGAGGAGGGUUGAAGCCAGGAGUUGGGCAAGCGAAGCAGAAAGGGAAAGAGAAGAAAAAGGCAAAGAAGUCGCGUGGGAAGGCCAGGUUUGGAAAGUUGCACAUGGCCCUGAACCUGUCCCGGGCUGCGGACGGCAAUGGGCGGCAGUGGUUGUCUUUUGUGGGGAGCGAGGCAGAGAUGGCCUUGCUCAAUGCUCUUGUCGAGGAAGGGGUGGAGGGGGGGAAGAAAGUAGGGAGCGAGGGUGUUGAGAAUGGGGAGGAGAGGGAGGAGGGGGAAGAUAUGGAAGAGGGCGAGGCGGAUGAGAAGGAAGAGGAGAUGGAGGAGGAUGAGGAUGAAGAAGAGGAGGAAGAGGAGGAGGAGGAAGAAGAGGGAGAGGAUGGGGAAGAGGAAGCAGGAGAGGAAAAGGACGCAUACGAGAGGGCAUUGGAGGAGGCAGAUGGCAUGGCAGAUGGCAUGGCAGAGGGCGGCAGCACGGAGCGGAGGAGAGGGAGAGACAGAGACGCCUCCAUGGCAGACCAGCACAGGCUGGCCCGUCUUAUCCUGGACUGUGCGAAGCAGCUGGCUGAGGAGAGUGGGCUCGCACCGCCAGCAGCCGCAGCAGCCAUGGCUGCUCUGACUCCGGACCACCAGUCAGUUGCCGCGGCUGUUACCGAAUGCGUGCGGCUGUUCUCGCCCUCGGUUGUGUCAGCGCUGACUCAGCACGCGCUGGCCUGCUCCCACCGCAUGCUGCUCCGAGCCAUCGUCAGCUCCGGCCAGGUCACGUCGGCGCUGUGCCCGAACCUGGUGCCGAGCCUGGUGGCUCGGCGGGAGGUGCUGCUGCUGGAGGUGUGUCUGGUGCACAUGGGAGACCUGCCUCCCAGACACCUGGCGCUCAUUCUCCGCUUGCUGCUGGAUGAUGCCGUGACUGCCAGUGAGCAUGCGGGCGAGCGGCAAGCAGGCAACGAUGCAGAGAAAGGGAGAAGUUCGGAUGCGGAGGAGGAUAGGGUGGGUGGGAAGGGAGGAGGGGUGCAGGAUGGGCAGGGGUUUGUCAGCAGCAGAGUGGCGGAGUUGAGGAGACUGAGGGGCAAGAGGGCCGUGGCAGAUGUACGUUCAGUGCUGGCUGGUGCUGCUACGCGGUCUAAGAACUCCAGGAAAGCCAGUCAUGCUGUGCUCCAGUCCUCGAUGGCAGCUGCGCUGACGUCAUCUGCUGAGCUGGACGCAUUCACCGACGCGGAGCUCAUCCUCCACACAGUUGUCGCCGUCCCAUUCGACGAUACGAUUCUCGCAGCUGCCUUGGCGCCUCUCUCCCUCCCGCAUGUCCGCUUCCUCUUCUCCUACUUUGCCAAAUGGGUGGACGUGUACUCAGCUCGGGGAUUCGUUGUUGAGCUUCCUGCCUACUCUGUCUUCGGGGCCCGGGCGUUCCUCGCUGUCCCGCGCUUGGAAAGAAUCUUCGCGUGGGUGUCGACACUGGUGGAUUGCCACAUCACCCGCCUCCUCAUGCUUCCUGACUGCUUGGAGCCAAUCGCGCGCCUCCACCGGCGCGUCAUGGAACAGGCAGCGGUGGAUAGGAGGCUUACCUCGGUGGUUGGGUUUGUGCCGCAUAUUUUGGCGGGACUGCCUCUCCCGGAGAAGCACCCGAAUGGGUUUGGUGGUGGCGGUGAUGUUCUAACCCUUCUCCCCCUCAUUCCCCCCAUUCUUCCCCUCAUUUCCCAGCCUGCUCCUCCUCAUUUCCCCUCCUGCUCCUUCUCACUUCCCCCACUGCUCCCCCUCAUUUCCCCUCCUGCUCCUUCUCACUUCCCCCACUGCUCCCCUUCAUUUCCCCUCCUCCUCCCUCUCAUUUCCCCCCUUACUCCUCUCAUCUCCCCCCCUCCUCCCUCUCAUUUCCCCCCUUGCUCCUCUCAUCUCUCCCCCUCCUCCCUCUCAUUUCCCCCCUUGCUCCUCUCAUCUCUCCCCCUCCUCCCUCUCAUUUCCCCCCUUGCUCCUCUCAUCUCUCCCCCUCCUCCCUCUCAUUUCCCCCCUUGCUCCUCUCAUCUCUCCCCCUCUCCCUCUCAUUUCCCCCCUUGCUCCUCUCAUCUCUCCCCCUCCUCCCUCUCAUUUCCCCCCUUGCUCCUCUCAUCUCUCCCCCUCCUCCCUCUCAUUUCCCCCCUUGCUCCUCUCAUCUCUCCCCCUCCUCCCUCUCAUUUCCCCCCUUGCUCCUCUCAUCUCUCCCCCUCCUCCCUCUCAUUUCCCCCCUUGCUCCUCUCAUCUCUCCCCCUCCUCCCUCUCAUUUCCCCCCUUGCUCCUCUCAUCUCUCCCCCUCCUCCCUCUCAUUUCCCUUCCAUUCUCCCUUCCACGCUCUCCCAUCGCCAUGCCUUAAUUUCUCAUCCCCCCUCCUUCCAGGGUCAUCUCACCUCCCAUGAGAUCCCACUCGCUCCUUCAGUCCCUGCCCAUACUGCCGCCGCUGCUGCCUUUGCCGGAGCUGCCUCUGCUGCCACACCCAGUGUUCCUUCCUUUGAACAGCGGCAGGUGCAUGGGCAGCAACAGCAGAACCAAGAGCGAGUGGACCCUGCUGCGGUCUCACAGCCGAGCGCGCUCAUGAGUGCGCAAGCCGCAGGAGAUGCAGCAUGCCGGGUCUCUCACGCUGGGUGCACACUAUCGAAGCAGCCAUGUCAGCAGUGGACUGGGGAGCGAGCAGGGUGUGAGGCUCGAUGA